AUGUCAUUUAAUAUACCAAUAGUUACAAUACCCGAAUCAUCUUAUAAUCCAUCUUCUUAUAAUACUAUUAAAACAAAAUCUCAAUUAAUUAUAUAUUUAACUAAAUUAACUCAUGGUUCUUCAAUAUUUUUAAUUUUAUUUUAUUUAAUUGGUUAUUUUGCAAUUAAACCAUUAUUAGAAAUUACUAUUACAAGAAGAUUAGAAUUAUUAGAAACUACAAGAUUAAAUUUACGUGAUUGUUAUAUUAAAUUAAUAUCAAAAGUUAAUUAUAUACCAAUUAUAAAAAUUAAUAAAAACGGUAAAAUUAUAUCCGACGAAAUUAUUCAAACUGAUGAUAAUAAUAAAAAUAAUAAAUAUAAAGAUGAUGAAAAUAAUAACGAUGAAAUAUAUUUAAAAUUAAAAAGAUUAUCAAAUUUAUUAUCAACUAAUAUUAGAUCUUAUGAUGCUGGUGAAUUUCUCAAUUUUAAAUCUAUUAAAUAUUCAAUUAAAGAUUUUCAAAAUAAAUCUGAUUUAAUAUAUUUUAAUGAAGAUGAAUUAUUUACUGUUGAAAGUAAUAGUAAAAUAGAUGAUAAGAAUAUACAAGGUAUAAAAAAGAAGAAUAUAUCAAUUGAAACUAAAAACGAAAUAAGAAGUAUAAAAGGUUUAUUUAUGAGUGGUCAAGCAUAA